AUUUUAAAGAUUCCUGUUGGGGCCGUCGGUGGCUUCUUUAAGAGUUACCUUCACAAUGACCAGUACUCCACUAGCUACAUCAUUGAGCCCAUGCUGGAGUUGCUCUGGACUGAAGAUGUCACAGAGGACACCAGAUACAAAGUCCUCUUUCCCAUCGCCACACCAUUAAAGGAUCAACCUCCACAAGUUAUUGACAACACCGUCCCAGAAGAACGUGUCUUUAAGGUUCUGCUCGGGUAUUUUCUCUCUGAUGUGGCUUUGGAGAGCAUCACAUUUGGCGACGAGGUUUUGUCCAUUCAGGACUGCAGGACAAGAGGCUUUAACGUCCUGGAGCACAUUUCACUCAACAGCUCCAAGGUCUUUACGCUGGAAGUGCCGUUCACAGACCGUGUGGUUCAACAAAUGAAAGGGACAGUGUCCACUGUAUACACCCUUGCCCUGACGUUUGGUCUGCUGGUGCUGCCAGACUACACACCAUUUUCCUACUCUGCUUAUCUGGAAGCUAAAACAGAAGACAUAGUUCCCCCAUCUGUCUCUGGAGGCUGUGACUCUGCAAACUUCUUCAUCUUCGUUAAAUACGGCAGCCCUGGUUUCAGCUUUCACACCAUAGUGGGAAAACGAGCACUGACUCGGAGUCUGUCUCAAGAUUACAGCUUCAUGGAGAACAGCACACACCUGAGUCUGGUGGUUCCAUCUACGGCCCCAGACGUUGCCAUUGAGGCUGUGAAGUCAUCAUCCAUCAAGGCCAGACUGGAUGUGAGCCUGAGAAAACCUGGCUCUUACGCAGUAGUUGAAGAAUUCACCCUGGCCUGCAAUUUCCCAUCAGCACUGACUGAGUGCUUCCCCAAUGGUACCAUGACUGCACUGGCUGUGAAACUGGAGUCUGUUCCCAAUCUGAACCCCAGCCAGCUCACUCUCAGAGACCCCAGCUGUGGCCCCAACUACAGUGAUGACCGCUACGCUUUCUUUGUCUUUACUGGGAACUCCUGUGGUACAACUAGACGGUUUUUCCAAAACGUGAUGCUGUACGAGAAUGAAAUCUCACUGCCAGAUGAACUUGAAGUGGCAACGCAAUCAAAAACGGAGGCGCCAGACUACGUAAUAAAGAUUUCUUGCUACUAUGACACCAACACAACCCACGCCGUAGCCUUCAACACCAGACCUCGCAGGAGUGAACCAUAUGCUGAAAAUGCAAAUGGAGGACUGCAAGUUGCCAUGAGGAUUGCCUCAGACGACUCCUACAGCACGUUCUACAGACCAGAAGACUACCCUCUUGCUAAGUACCUGAGCCAGCCGAUGUAUUUUGAGGUUGAACUGAUGAGGUCCCUAAAUUCCCAAGUUUCACUGGAACUGGAGAACUGCUGGGCAACCCAGAACGAGGACAGGACAUCCACACCACGAUGGAACCUGAUCAUUAAUGGCUGUGCAAAUCCAGUGGACAGCAGCCAGGUGGUCUUCCAUCCUGUUUGGGUCGAUGACAGGGUUCAACAUCCUUCUCUCGUCAAACGCUUCGAGGUCCAGAUGUUUGCUUUUGCUGAAAAUAAAGAUCAUUUAAAUAAUCGGAUCUAUGUUCACUGUGACGUGGUGAUCUGUGAUGCCAGAAAUCCACUGGGAGGAGUUUGUGCUGGACAGUGUUCACAACAGGCACAGGGAACAAAAGGUCAAAGACGAGCUGUUCCAGACGGACAGGUUUCUGCAAAAGAACCCAGAAUGAUUGUUUCAUUAGGACCUCUGAUGACUGCUACAACCUAAAAAUACUAAUAAAGUAUUUUUAAAGUUA